AUGUCGAGACCAACCGUCGCGGUGAAGCUAUUCAUCAACAAGGAGAAGAAGAGGGUGUUGUUCGCCGAAUCCGACAAGGACUUUGUGGACAUCCUCUUCAGCUUCCUCACGCUGCCUCUCGGCACCAUCAUCCGUCUCUUCAACAGGCAGUCUGAGAUCUGGUGCCUGGACGAGCUGUACAGGAGUGUGGAGAGUCUCGGCGAAGAACACUUCCAAACCAAGGAUUGCAAGGCCAUGCUCCUUCGUCCUGUCAAUGCCGCGGCACUUCACUGCGAUCGGCUUAAAGUCAAAGUCGACGACGCUGAUCUGACGGCAAUAUAUGUGUGCGCUCGAUAUGGGGCCUGUGAUGAAAGGUACUUCAGCACAGUCCGAGAUGUUACUUGCAGGUGUGGUGGAUGGAAGUUCAUCAUCACGGAUGAUCUUCAGGUUGCUCCUUCCUCUACGAGCCUCAUGUUCUUCCUCAUGGACAAGCUUGUGCUGCAUGAACAACUGAAUAUCAAGGAGGAGGUGCUACAUCUCAAUUCCAAUAAGAUAAUUAGCUUGCUUAGGAGAGCGCUACUGUCUAAGCACCCUUUGACUGGCCUAUAUUUUGAUGUUGCUAUAACACCGAUUGGUGCGAGUUCUUACCAGCUUCCUCACACUCUGUUCGCACCACAAGCAAUUGAGGCUGAGCCUAAGUUCAAACCGAUAUCGAUAAGGCUUGUUCAGACAAAGGAUAAUUCCUCGGUGUUGUAUGCGGAAGUUAAACAAGACUUGGUUGAUCUUUUGUUUGGCCUCCUUUGUAUUCCUGUUGGUUCUGUAACGAAGACUUAUAGUCAGUUGUCACCAAAUGGAUGUCUUGAUAAUCUCUACAAAAGUGUAAAUGGAGCAGGGUGUGUAAAAGAAGACUGCAGAAGCUUACUCCUAUGCCCAAAGCUGGCCCCUUUCUUUGGUUGCAGCAGUAAUGUGCUCCAAGUAGAAGAAUUACCUUGGAGAUGUCAUAAUUCUCCACGUUCUCUUUACGAGAUGAAUCCAAAAUCCCCCAAAAGAGGAGAUGAAGCUUCUUAUGGGGCUUAUGUCAAUGGAGGGUCCAUCAACUUCAUGGUGACCGACGAUCUGCAUAUCGUCGAUUUCUCCUUAGCCAAGAGUCUCCAAGCCAUACGUGCAGCCAAGAUUCCCAAGGGAAAGCUUGUGGAGAAAGAGCUAACCCUUGACAAAACCCAGGUUUUGAAGCUUCUAAGAGCUGCUAUGGUUACUCGCAAUGCUCUCAGCAGUGUGUUCUUGCCUCCAAUUCCAAAGAAGAGUGUCACCACCAACGCGGCGACACCGCGACAACACCAACUGUAG